AUGAAGCUGUUCAUUGCCAUCAUUUUUUGCUUCUUGGUCCUGGGAGUUGACAGCCAAAGAGUGUUCCAGUUCAUGAAAGAAGCUGGCCAAGGGACUAGAGACAUGUGGAGAGCUUACUCUGACAUGAAAGAGGCCAACUGGAAAAACUCAGAUAAAUAUUUCCAUGCCCGAGGAAACUAUGAUGCUGUCAAAAGGGGACCAGGAGGAGCCUGGGCUGCUAAAGUGAUCAGUGAUGCCAGAGAGGGUAUUCAGAGGUUCACAGGACAUGGAGCAGCGGACUCAAGAGCUGACCAGUUUGCCAACAAAUGGGGUCGGAGUGGUAAAGACCCCAACCACUUCAGACCUGCUGGCCUGCCUAGUAAAUACUGAGUUUUGUCUUCAUGUCGUUCCCAGCCAUGCAUCCCCCAAGGAAAGAGGCACUUAUUGAAUUGAGUUAGUUCCUAAACUCUGGAUGUCUAAG